CGCCCGGUGACAUCGGCGCGCCGCCGGCCGUGAGCGGGUUCGGUGCAGCGUGCGCGCAAGCCGCGUCCAAGCCAGCGACUGGACGGUGCACACGGCUGCGGGGAAGUGGGGCGCGUGUGUCCGGUUCCCCGGGCAACGCAGCGGUCAACGGACCGCACCCCGGGCCGUUGACAGCGACGCUGGUCCACUGUCGUGCCGCCAGCACGACCGACCGUGCCGGCAUGGCCAUCGUUUCAGAGGGCGGCGCCAUGCCGACUAAGCUGGGAGACCAGGCCACGACGCCCACCACCAAGCGGAAGAACGCCUCACUCGGCUUCUUCUCCAACAUCUUCAAGCGGAAGCGGGAGGAGCCGGACCCGGCACAGGUGGUGCACUCUGCCGGUGAAGAGCCGCCGUCGCCGCGCGAGGCUGGCGCGGUCAGCGAUGACGCCGCACCUGGCCCGGAACCGAUCGUCAACAUCGAGCAGGACCUGCAGCGGCUGCAGAUGUCGCGCCAGGACAACCCGUUCCUGCAGCGACUGCACAGCAGCCGAGAGGAGCUGCCAGACGAGGAUCAGACCGACGACAGCCAGCUGGUGGUCCAGGACCCGGCGUGUAACAAGGAGCUGGCGCUGGCCGAGAUCCACUCGCACCUGGUUCGCAGUCCGCCGCCCAUCGCCUGGCCCCGUUCGAUCAAGUUCGACUUCGGCGACAUACACGAGUCGGCGCGGAUUGUGGAGGUCGUACCAAGAUCGAACCUGCGUCCGCUCGCGUCAAAAGAGAGGGACGAGGUGAUGGACCAGUGCUUGCAGGAUAUACUACAGACACAACGGUCGCUUCCGCUUCAAAAAGCAUCGACAGUUGACGAGACGUUCACGGGCCGGCUAAGCCCGUGCAGAAGUCCUCCCAAAGCGCCUCCCUCAGUCCGCUGCCUCAGCCCCAGACGAGGCCGGACGCCGCCCGACCGCGUCCUGAUGACCCAGCCGGCGGCGCCGGAGUCCGCCGCUCCCGACGCCCGGCUGGGCACGCCCCUGGCACCGCUCCGGCCGCCGCGACGCUCCGUUCAUGGGGAGUCUCGACUGGGUUUCCACUCCAGCAGCGCAAGCUUUCAGAGGAGUGGAGAUGCGUUCACAAGAAGACCAAACACAUAACCAAGCACAAGGGCUUGUUCUGCGCAGACGCACACCGCUCCGAUAACCCUGGCUGAUACUCGAGUCCAUGUCAAGUAGACAACUUGAGCUUGGAUGUUUCGUAGGCUUAAUUUGGUUUGUGACACGACAGAAAAAUGUGUACGGCAUGACGUGCAGUGUGUGAAUUUGAUAGAUUAUUUACAACGCUAAUCGUCCGAGCCUGGGGAUAGUCUAUAUUGUAUGCGUUGUGCUUUGUGCGUGUCGUGUGCCCAUGCCUAUUGCACACGGUACCUUAAUGUGGGUUGCGUGAAUCAGUACGCAUCAAUAGUGACGCCAGCUAUCACAAUGGAGACAGCUUAUGGCUUUCCGGGCUGUGGUCCAAUGUGCACGUUCGCAGCGCCGAGAAAGCACUAUCAACGUCAUGGACGCUUGGAUUCAACACCAUGAACACAUUCCCUGUUUUACUACCGCGAAUGCAUUUCCACUUUCGUGAACACACACUCGGCCCGGGACCACGACGGAAGAAGUGGCGUGAGAGACGGAGCUAGGUGAGAGGGAGCUGGGUGGAGAUGCAGAGCCAUUUCGCUCAGGUUUUAGAUGUCAGAUUCUACGUAGACGGCGUGAUUGUGACAGAAUGUGAACCAGACAAUACCAUUGUGUCUGUUGUUAGACAGCCAUGUACGGCCGAAGGACCUGGGUCAGAAUCGUGAAUGUGCUGCACUGGAGACAGCUUUGACUUGUGAUGCGUCGAUCUCGGGCGGCUAUGACCGACAGCGGGAGUCUGGUGAGGAGAUCAUAAGUUGUGAAACACUGUGUGAUUUGUUUUGUCUUUGAAAACAUCGUUUAUGAAGUAAGCUAUGUGCGUGUAAUGAAGCGCAGGUUUGAUGCCCAUUUCCAACAUGCAAAAUAAGAUUACUAGAAGCUACAGUGUCAUUCUUUUUUCUUGCUUGUACUGCUACCGUUUCAAGUGUAUAUUGUGUUGCAAUAUCUGUCACAAUUGCUAGAACGAUUUAAAAUCGGGAUAGUCUGAAUGAAAAAAUGUAGUUUGCUGUUAAACCAUGAAAGUAGUCCGUUUCCGUGGCAAAAA